AUGAAGUUUUCCAUCGCUGUGGCUGCCACUUUUGCUGCCGCCGUUUCGGCAAGAACCUUCUUCGAGACCAACACUCAUUACGUUACCGUUGACCAUAAUGGCAACAUCGUUGGCGGCAGUCUGGCUACUGCUGCUGCUGCCGUGAACGACUCCGGUGACGACAACAACAACGACCAAGGCAAUGACGACAACCAGCACGAGGUCCAGGAAUUCGUUACUCAGGGCUUCCAGCAGUCCAGCCUUGACUCUUCUGCUGAGGUCUCCUCCGAGCCUCCAGCUCAGACUGUCACUCCUUCCUCCCCAGCUGCUUCUCCAAGCGCCAGCCCUAGCAGUGACGUUUCUGGCUUCGAAAAGGACAUCUUGGAUGCCCACAACUCCAGAAGAUCCAAGCACUCUGCUAAAGCUUUGACCUGGUCCGACGAGCUUGCUGACUACGCUCAGAACAUGGCCGACAAGUACACUUGUGGCUCUGGCUUGCAGCACUCUGGUGGUAAGUACGGUGAGAACUUGGCUGUUGGCUACGCUGACGCCGAGAAGACCGUCAAGGCCUGGUACGACGAAGGCUCCAGCUACGACUACUCUAGCGCCAGCACCUUCAACCACUUCACUCAAGUUAUCUGGAAGGGCUCUAAGCAAUUGGGCUGUGCCAAGAAGGACUGUGGAGGCAGCCCAUACGUUGUGUGUGAGUACUUCCCAGCUGGUAACAUGAUUGGUCUGGGCAAGCAGAAUCUCGCGUCAAACUAA